CUGCAUAUCUCUUGGUGAGAGGACAGAGUUUUUUGUUGCUCCGGCCGUCGCCCGCAUUAGAGCUGAGCGGUAUAUAUUUCGGCGGCCGGAGGGGGCUUAGUGUGUGUAGCCAGAACAGGGCUUCCUUACUGUAAAGGUGGUGACAGCAGCAUUGAGACUAAGAACUGUUCAUAGAACCCGGCAUCAGCGCUAGUCAACUCACCCAGCAGUAUUGGAAGGGCGCAUCUGUGACAGGGAGACAGAGAGGGUUCCUUCCUACCUAUUACCGGCACAGACUCUGACAGCCACAACAAAGAAGCCAGGACCAGCAGCAGAGGCUCCAUUCUGUGUGGCUUGGCCAAAAAAAGAACACACCACACUACUAGCACAAAUGUCGCACAUGAGGAUGCUGCUGCUGCAGGAUCAUCACGGCCACAUCCGAGUGCACAAAUGCGCACAAGCCAUGGAACAGCCACGGGGAAACACGUGGCACAUAAAAGACAGCAUCCAGAUCUGCCGAUGCCACAAUCUGCAUCUCCGUCAACGCGACUCAUAUCAACGGUUUCAUCAAUGCCACCGGUCGAUUUGAUUGAGCCUUUCCCAACACGGGAACCACAGUCCCCUCAUCUUCCUGAUGAUGCCAGCAUGACCCCGGCCCACCAGCCAUCUGAAAUGGAGUAUACUUUUGUGCUUGACCUGCAGCCACUAGACACUACCAGACCAAGCACGCCACCUAUGUCUCCGCAACGAACUCCUCCACCACCACAAAUGAGCCCAGCCACAACACAGGCUCAAAACCAACAGCAGGCAUUUUGGGACAGCGGGGCCACACAACAGUUGAACAAUUUAGAGUGUCUUCGCAGACAAACUCAACUGCUCUCAAGUCUGCCACAUUACCUGCCUAGAAUCAGUCACACUAUGAGCCAACAAAAUAGCGAGAGGAGUAGAAUCGCUACUUGCAUGGAGCAAAUGCGUGCUGACAACAGCCACAUGAUGAACACUUUGGCACGUAUUAUGGAUGACCAAAUGAGGCAGCACCAAAGCGACCUCAAUCUGCUGGAAACCAACAAUAGGCUUACUGAAAGCCUAGGCAGAAUAAUUGAGAACAACACGGCCUCCAAUACUCAACUUAAUGCCACACUGACUAACCUCAGCCACAAUAUAACUUUAAUACACACGCAACAAGCGAGCACCAGCUCAGAAACAACCACCCCUAUAAAUACUCCAGUUACCUCCCCAGUAAGGAGAUCAGGCAGAAGAAUAUCAAAUGUGCCUGGCCAGGACUCUGCCGGCUCAAAGGGUUCACAAAAAAAAUAAAGUAGGCCGCUUCAGGUGUAAUCUGCUUAGGUGGGUGAACAAUGUCAGGUUGACAGAACU